CAGAGACGAAGGCCCUCCAUCUCAAGGACCGACCAUGGCGCCGAAAGCGAUGACAAGCAAACCAGUGCCGCCGGCACGGCCUCCUGUCCCGUCUCCGGCCCCGGCGUAUACUGCGCAGGCGGCUGGGCAAAACGCGCCGUCUACAGCUAACGGGUUGUCCAAGACGCCCCCUCCUUGCCAGAGCUACAGCAACAGCACGCAGAAUCGACCGCCGUUCAGACCCGGUGAAGAGCGUAGUACUACUGGUGGUAAAGUGACAGCCGCCAAGGCCAUGUCUUCUAAGUGAACGACCUACGUGCCUAGGCCGCCUUGUGCGGAAGAAGAAACAAGUGAAUCUUAGUUCGUCCAAGUCGUAUGUCAGAUUGAAUAAUGCCACAUCGGUUCUGUAUUGAAAGAAGCUCUGCAGAUAUCAAGUGUAGUUUGUGAAAGGGGUCACGUAAACAAGUAGUGGUUCAUUUGUUCAUUCAUGUUCGUUUCUAUCUAUAUUGUUAUUGGUUAAUUUAUUAUACAGUGGUCAUAUCAUAUAUGUAUAUACUGGAAUUGUUAUUGAAUUUGUUC